UUUUGUAGCAUCAACACACAGUUCUAGUCAGAAAGUGAGUGAAUUGGCACAGCGUAACAACUCUUUAAGAAAGAUCAACCUUUGCACGAUGGACUCAAUCAACUUUGUAGUGCUAAGCUUCGUGGCAGCAGGUCUCUGCUAUGAAGUUCGGCCCGUAACUUAUCAACCUGGAAGCGUUUCACAACUUGAAACCGACAAUCCAUCUACGACACCUUACUCAGGCAGCCAAGUUGAAGACUGUAACUGUGUUCCGUACUAUCUUUGCAGCGAUGAACAGAUCAAAGAAGCUGAGAUACGAGAAGGAACUGGAGACAUUAAGUUUCCAAACGACCAGUGUGAAAAUGAAUAUGAGAUUUGUUGCGAACUAGAGGUAAUGAAACCAGUAAACAAUCUUCUCAACAUCUCAACUGCUGUGGGAAACAGUUCCAAUAAUAAUAGCAGUGAGAACAACAGAAAAGUGUGAAGGAAUUGAUGUGUGCUGCAAAACUAUCAACGGAAAUAACAUUGCUUUACCUGUUCAGAACACAACUAUGUAAUUGAUGUAUAAGCAUACUUAGCUUAUGUGUAA